AACCCAGUUCUGAAGCUACCCAGCCCAACCCCGUGUCUCUCGUUCUCACAAACGGCACACCACCAUACUUCUGAAGCUGCCCACCCCACGCCCCAUCUCUCUCUCUCUCUCAGCUCACCUCGGUUCACCGCCACCGCCCGCUCGCCUCUCUUUUCCGUCUGUGCUCGGCUGCUCGCGUCUCGCCGCGCCUCCCUCAGCCAGUGAGUGCUCGAGCUGUGCGUGGUUUUUGCUGCCUGCACUGCAGCGUGCGUGUUUGUCUCUGCUCGAUUCUGCCUCUGCAACAACAGUCACACUCACCGUUCGUCUCGUUCAGUCACACUCACCGUUCGUCUCGUCUGGUCGCCGGCGUCUCAACAUCUCGCGGCCUUCCCUGGGCUCCUCGUCGCUCGUCGUCUUCUGGUUUCGGGUCCUCUCCGUCGCCGAGUCGCCGUGGACCGUGGACCGUUGUGGAUCUACCGGUUGAACCAAUGACCCACUGACUCAGUCUCGAUUACCGGUUGGAUUCUGAUAACUAUGGUAUGCACCAAAAUAUAGAACAGAAAAAGACAAAAAAGACCCUGACCUAACCUCUCAACUCUUUUCUCGUCUCUUCUCCGUUCGCUGCCUCCGCCACUCGGCUCUGCUCUUCUGCACUGUGUUUCUCCUCUCGCUGCCGGUCUCUGUUCUGAAAGGAAGAAACAUAGAAAGGAAUAGAGACCCUUUUGCUGUGCAAGUGCAAGUUUCCAACCUUUUUUUGUUAUCUGGUUGGAUUAAAGAAUAGAAAAAGAAAUGGAGGAUGAUGGAGUUCGGCGCAUGUCCAGCAGAACACGAAAGGUUGCUUCGAAAAUGGUUGCGGCUCUUGCCAGCACUGAUAACCGAACCCAGGCAGCUAUUGCACGACUUGAUGCUUUGGAGAAUGACAAUGCAGGAUUUGAGGUGGCAGAUGCUAAUAAUGAUGAUGAUGAGGCCUCUCUAGACGAUGAAGAAGGGUAUAUGCAAAAAAAGCAAUCUAAGGGCACCAAAAGGAAAACUCGGCAAGCAAAAGCACUUGAGGCUAGGAAGGCUCCAAGAACAUUCCUUGAGCUUAUACACGAGGCAAACUUAGAAUCAUUGCCUCCACAUGUUCCUUCUUAUUUGAGAGCAGCAGUUGGACCUCCAAGUUCAACCUCCCGUCGCCACUUCUGUACUGUUUGUGGUUUCUCAGCUAGUUACACAUGCGUGAGAUGUGGUAUGCGCUUCUGUUCUUAUAGAUGUCAAAAUGUGCACAAUGAUACUCGUUGUUUGAAGUUUGUAGCUUGAUAAAUGUGACUUCUUGAGCAAGAUGCUAUUGUAGACUUGUAAUUGCAAUAUUAUAAUAUAUCAUUAUUACUAUGAAGAAACAUGUCUUUGUCUCUACUUACCACCUGUUUGACAUGAAAAGAAGAGAGAUCUUGAAA